AGACGUGUGGUCGGAGUAUUUGGAAGGAUACUACCUAUUAUCCACAAAAUACAGACAUGUUAGCCACUGAACCUUCCUAUUUAUUGGAUUUUGGGAUAAAUAUGACAAAGGCCUAAGUGCAGCAGUGAAAUAAAUACGGUACUGCCGGACAGUAUGUGUGGACCCCAUUUUGACAUGGCGGACAAGUUUUAAAUCAUCAUUGGGAACUCAAGACGUAGCUCAGUGUGAGCAGCAUUUUUAUACUUAAAAGAAUAACCAACCUAGAUUUUCAAGUUUGUGAAGAAAACAGUUUGCUUUGUAGGUGCUGUAGUCAUUUAAGGGUACGGUAUAUCAUAGUUCUGAUCAUUUAUUGUAGUAUGCUUUAUUCUUUAAAGUUGGUCUUGAGUGGCUUUAAUCAUCAUGGAUGCAUAUGGGUCUGACUUUGCCACUUUGGACUUAAAUUUUGAUUCUGAGGACCCUGUCACUUGUAUUUUCUGUAAUGAUCAGUUCAAUAUAACUGAAGAUGAGCAGCCACUUUUGCAACACCUUCUUACAGUUCACAAGUUUGUCAUUGGAGAAGUUGAAGCAAUUGCUGAUCUCAGACAGUACGUAUCAUAUUGGGGAAAACUGCAGUAUGUAAACUUGAAAGAUUAUUGUGUUAUUUUUAACACCAAUACUGAGCCAGGAGCUAAAUUUCCAUCUGAAACUUACUAUCUUUUAUGUAGUAAACUUCCUGAAGAUAAAGAGAUAAGGUCAACUUUGAGUAAAUUGAAGCUUAAAUAUGUUUUAAAGAUGAAGGAAAAAGAAAUGCGGGAUACAACUUUCUCACGUAAGUGCAUUUAUUGCAGUGAAACCAUAACAGGUGGUGUGGCUAAUUGCUUUCAGCAUCUUACUUUUAGCCAUGGAUUUUCAGUCGGUAAACCAGAUGACAUUGUCUUUGGGGCUCGGUUACUUGAUGUUAUGGAGGAAAAGUUAAGAAAGUUACAGUGCCUGUUUUGUGAAAAUACUUUCAAAACACAUGUAGUCAUGAGAGUGCACAUGCGAAAGAAACAGCAUCGAUGUCUUAAUCCUAAAAACAAAUUGUAUGAUAGAUUUUAUCUCUUGAAUUAUUUAAAACCAGGAACACCUUGGGAAUUAGCUAAACAUGAUCGUACUUUAGAGAGUGACAUAGACAGUUUACAUGAAGAAGAGAGAGGUCAGGGUUAUGGAGAUCCUCUAUGGACUGACUGGCAGGAGGACCAUGUACCUCCCACUACUUGCCUCUUCUGUGAUUUUACAACAAGCAAAGUUCCAGGAGGUCUUUUCAAUCAUAUGGUAGCGUACCACAAAUUCGACUUUGAAAGUGUUACAAAAGGUUUUAAAUUCUAUGAACGGGUUAAAGUGAUAAAUUGCAUAAGAUGUUUUAUGAGUGAAUGUCUUUGUUUAACAUGUCCUUUGAAGUUUUCCUCUCGUGAUGCACUUCUGAAACACAUGAGUGAGGCCAAUCACUGCAAAUUGCCUCCUACAUCUAUGUGGGACCAUUCUCAAUAUCUUAUCCCUGUGCUUGAAAAUGAUGGGUUGCUGUAUCAUUUAGAAGAUACUGAAAUCAGUGACUCUUCUUUUUCUGAUGAUGGGAAAGCUAUUGUUCCUGAAGAUGUAGUGUUGUUCAGUAACUCUGUUUUAGAGGAUGAUAAAUUGAGAGAAGAAAUAACUGGCGCCAAUGAUAUGGAUGCUGUUGCAAUGUGCUUGUUUUGUCGUUACUCGGCAGUAGGGGAGUAUCCUCACACGUUGAUUUAUAAUCAUAUGCGUGUUCUGCAUUGCUUUGACUUUAUGGAAGUUGUUAAUGGCCAGCCUUUUUAUAAUCAGGUAAAACUUAUCAAUUACAUUCGAUGGAGAACUGCUAGAAGUGAGUGCUACUAUUGUGGAAAAGUGUUUGAUGGUAUGAUUUCAAUGGAAGAACACAGAGCACUAGAGGGACACAAUGUUCUUCCAGACUUGCACAUGUUCGAAGAUGCAAGAUGGUUACAGCCUGUAUUUGAAGGUGACAUUUUGUUGCAAAAAAUUAGGGAAGCUGGAGAUUCUGAUGAAGAAACUGCAGACAAUCCCCAGGCCUGUUCAGUGGACAAUGUUUUCAGUGAGGACAUACAUGUACCUCCAUCAAUUUUAAAUGACAGAAGAUUGCGCCAAGAAUUGCUGGAAAAUAUGGCAUGUCAUAUUGUGCAGUUUGAUUAGCAUAUGUUUGUAAGGUGUUAUUUUCAUAUUAAGAUUCGUAGUAGAAUUUUUACCCAGCUUUUACUGCACCUUCUCAAACAUUAAAGAUAUUUUGCCAAAUUAUCUUUUAUUUUAUUUCCUGAAUUACAGUAUGUACAUGUACUUUGGUUUUUUGUUGUAAUGAAUGCUGGUGAGUGAUGCAAUGAAAUGUUGUACCCUCAUUGCUGUUGUGCAAGGAAUAUAGACAAAAGAAAAGCAAGAAUGUGAAGGAAGGAAUAAUGCAAAGAGAAUGUAACAAUUCAGAGCAUCUAUACUUUAUUUCUAGGUAGAUUACCUAAG